AUGAUCGCUUCCGCCGUCCGCUUCUCCGCUGCUCUUGCUCGCCAGCCCGCCGUCGCUGGCCUUGCUUCUGCCGCUACCUCUGCUGGUCUCAAGACCUCUGCGGCUCCAUCCAUGGCUGCCUCUACCACACUCCGAAACCUUGACGGUCGUUUGUGGUCCAAGAACAGGCUCCAGGUUGUUCUCGACGCCUCUGCGCCAGCCCCUGUUGCCAAGGAGCCCAACUGGGCCAACGUCUCUGCUCGCAUUCGUGAUGCCAAGGAGCUUGCCGGCUGCUAG